AUGCCGUUCGGCCGGAAGUCACCGCUGGAGGCCCUGGCGAUGCCGGGCGCCAUCAUUGCGUACAAAUACAGCCAGUUCCGGCAGCGGCGCCGGGAAGCGGCCAACCGGCGCGUCACCGAACGGGAGCUGUCCGCGCUGCACACCAAAAUCGAAAAGCUGCUCAGCAAACUGGAGGAAAGCGAGCUGGAGCCGCCUACAUCGCAGGAGGACGAGUGUGUGAUCUGCAUCAAUGCGCGGGCCACGAUGCAGACAUCGCCCUGCGGUCACCGGGUCGUGUGCCGGAGGUGCUUCGUGAAAACCAUCCAAAGUGCAGUCGCCCAGCGGUUGCUGCCGUUGCGCUGUGUGAUCUGCCGGGCACGCAUCAACCGUCUCACGUCCGGCUCGACGUCGUGGCGCUUGCAGGGUUCGGCCAGCAGCUACUCGAUGGGCAGCAAGAGCUGGAGCGUGCCGGGGUCGGCCAGCUCGUACAGUGUCGAUGCGCGCGUCACCCAGUCCGCCAGCCUGUACUCGAUGAGCUCCGGAUCGUCGUGCGUUUCGGGCAUUUCGAACAUGUCGAGCUGCUCCGGCACGUCCGGCACAUCCGGUAUGUCUUCCACGUCCUCGGUCAGCACGGACGGUUCGCUGCAUCAUCACCACCACCACCACGGCCACAAGCACGGUGCGGGGGGCGUCGUCGGUGGUGGCGGCCCCGGAUGUUCCAGCAGCUGCAGCACCAGCGGAUGCCUCGGUGCGAUCCCGCGCAAUCCAGCCUACCAGCACUACCACAAAAAGGGACAAUACUACAUGAAGAGUCGCCUUCCGGAGAUGCCAAAUCGGUUACCGCCGAUCAUCGAGUUCAAGAGCCCCGUUCGCCACCGGACACCGUCGCCGGCCAAUCCGGGCGCCCGGUUCAAGUACUACACGGCACCGGGCAAACCGGCGGACCCGGUCGAAUCGAUACCGCUGAUGGCGGUGGAAAAGAUUGGCCCCCAGGCGCCGAGCAAAAGCGGUGGCCCAUCCAAGCUGGGGCUAAACGCCAAGAUUGCACCGGUCGCGUCCAAGUCGCCGAUCAACAAAACCAACAUGGCCACCGGGAAACCGGUCACCACGUCGCUCAUCACGGCCGUCAACGCGACCACCCCGAAGGCUCGCGUUCUGCCGGCCAGCUCUUCGGCCGGGUCUUCGGCCAGCUCUUGCACCUCGCUGGCGGGACCGUCGGGGCUCGGUGCUCGGGGCAGCACCGUAACCGGUGGUGGAGGUGGUCCCGUCGGCACCGCAGGCUCCCACGCCAAGCAGGACGAAAAGUACGACAAUAAAAAGAACGAAACGAUCGAGAAGAAGAAGAAAGAGGAGAAGGCCAAGGCGAAGGCGGAAAAGGAAGCGCGCAAGGAAGAGAAGCGGAUCGCCAAAGAGGAGGAAAAGGUGGCGAAGAUGUUGGCCAAGGAGGAGAAAAAGCGCAGCAAGAAGGAAGCCAAGGAGGCACUGUUGGCGCACGAAGGUGGUAGCGGUAUCAAGUAA